AUGACUGUUAAAUCUUUUGAAGUCUCAGACCCCGUUUUAUCAAGUUUGAAAGGGUUUGCACUUGCGAAUCCCUCAAUUACCCUUGUUCCAGAAGAAAAGGUCUUAUUCAGGGAAACAUCAGAUGACAAGAUUGCCAUUAUCUCAGGUGGUGGUACUGGUCAUGAACCUUCACAUGCCGGUUUCAUUGGCAAAGGUAUGUUAAGUGGUGCAGUGUGUGGUGAUAUUUUUGCCUCUCCAUCUACUAAACAAAUCCUUAAUGCCAUUAGAUUGGUCAACGCUAAAUCUAGUGGGGUGUUACUGUUGGUGAAAAAUUACACCGGUGAUGUUCUACAUUUUGGUCUGUCUGCAGAAAGAGCAAGAGCUUUAGGUAUUAAUUGUCAUGUUGUAGUUAUUGGUGACGAUGUUGCUGUUGGUAGAGCCAAGGGCGGUAUGGUUGGAAGAAGAGCCCUAGCCGGUACAGUCUUAGUUCAUAAAAUUACCGGUGCAUUUGCUGAAGCUCAUUCUACCAAAUAUGGACUGGAAGGUACCGCCAAGGCCGCCCAAAUCAUUAUAGAUAGUCUUGUUACCAUUGGUUCUUCUUUAAACCAUUGUAAGGUCCCUGGUAGAAAGUUUGAAACUACUUUACAAGGGAACCAAAUGGAAGUUGGUAUGGGUAUUCAUAAUGAACCUGGUGUUCAAACUCUUGAACCAAUUCCACCAACUGAAGAAUUAAUCUCCAAAUAUAUGCUACCAAAAUUGCUAGAUUCGACCGAUAAGGAUAGAGCAUUCGUAGAUUUCAAUAAGGAUGAUGAAGUUGUAUUAUUGGUUAACAAUCUAGGUGGUGUCUCGAACUUUAUCAUUUCAGCAAUUGCCGAGAAGACCACAGGAUUUCUGAAAGAACAAUACAAUAUUACUCCAAAGAAAAUAAUGACCGGUACUUUGAUGACUGCCUUUAAUGGUAAUGGUUUCAGUAUUACACUAUUAAAUGCAACAAAGGCAUCAAAGGAGCUUAAUACUUCUUUCCCAGAGAUUAAAUCAGUCUUCGAACUUCUAGAAGCCUACACAGAUGCUCCAGGUUGGUCACCUGGUUUCUUUGAAGCCAGUUCUGCUCCCUCUGUUGACGCUAGUGUAUUACACACUGAUGUUAAAGUAACUGAAGUUGGAAAUUAUGAUCACUCAUCUUUCUCUAAAUGGAUGAAGGCAGGUGCUGAAAAUAUCAUUAAGGCUGAACCACAUAUUACUGAAUUAGACACAUUAGUUGGUGAUGGUGAUUGUGGUUAUACUUUGGUUUCAGGUGUUAACGGUAUUACUAAAAACCUGGAUACUAUAUCAAAGACAUCACUUUCUGAAGCAAUGGCUCAACUUUCCGAUAUUAUUGAGGGAUCCAUGGGUGGUACAUCUGGUGGUUUGUAUAGCAUUCUGAUCUCAGGUUUAUCCCAUGGGAUUAUUCAAACAUGCAAGAACAAAGAUGAAUCAGUUACCAAAGAUUCCCUUGCUAAAUCUUUCGAAAUUGCAUUGGAGACAUUAUACAAGUAUACGAGAGCCAGGGUUGGUUCUUCUACUCUAAUCGAUGCCUUGGAACCAUUUGUUGUCGAAUUUUCCAAUUCAAAAGAUUUCAAGAAAGCUGUUACCGCAGCUGAGGUGGGUGCUAAAUCCACUGCAACAUUUGAGGCCCAAUUUGGUAGGGCUUCUUAUGUUUCUGAUUCUUCUAGCGUAGAAGAUCCAGGUGCAGUAGGUUUUGUUGAAUUCUUAAAGGGGGUCGAAUCCGUCUUAUAA